AUGUCUGCCUCUGUUAAUUCUGCUUUUGUUGUAGCUAAUAGAGCAGCUAAUUUGAAUGUUGAUAAUAUACACGAAAAAUAUGAAUUUGUUGAUCUUAAUUCAGGAACAAAAAGAAUUUGCGAAAGUUGUAAUCAAGAAUGUUUGGCUACAUUUUAUUGUGAAUAUUGUAUUCGAAUUCAUCUAAGAGUAAAAUUUUCGAAUUGGACGUCUGGAAAUGCUGAUAUUGAUAAUUUAAUCCAAAAAUGUCAAAUGGAAACACUUGUGCCAACUAUAAUAAUUGAAUGGAUUCCAUAUAAUAGAAUUGAGAAUAUUAAAUUUUUAACAAAAGGUGGAUAUUCUAAAAUUUAUACAGCAGUUUGGAUUGAUGGAGGUUACAAUGAGUGGGAUUCUAAAAAACAACAGUUAAAAAGAUUUGGAAGAGAAAAUGUUAUACUUAAAACAUUAGGAAAUGUUGAAAGUGAAAAUCAAAGGUGGUUUGAAGAGGCUAAAUCACAUUUUACUAUAAGUAACAAAUGGUCAUCUACAGUUCGAUGUUACGGUUUAACACAAAAUAUAUUAGAUGGAAAUUAUAUGCUUGUUAUAAGAAAAAUGGAUAUGGAUUUAAGAAAAUAUUUACAACAAAAUCAUAAUCAACUUACAUGGAAAGAAAGGAUUCAAAUUACUUAUGAAAUAAUUAUUGCACUUAGUAGAAUUCAUGGAGAAAAUGCAAUUCAUAGAGAUUUGCAUUCUAAGAAUAUAUUACAUAGUCACUAUUAUCAAAGGUUUUACAUCAGUGAUCUUGGAUUUUGUGGUCCAGCAAAUAGACCAUCAAAAAGUAUAUAUGGAAAUCUUCCUUAUAUAGCACCCGAGAUUAUUAAUGGAAAAGGAUAUACUUUUAAAUCUGAUAUUUAUAGUUUUGCAAUGCUUAUGUGGGAAAUUUCAUCAGGUCAACCACCGUUUAUUAAUUACGAACAUGAUUACGAUCUUGCAAUGAAAAUAAUUAAUGGUAUUAGACCAAAAAUUGUACCGGGAACCCCUUUAGAAUAUAAAAAGUUAAUAGAACAAUGUUGGGACGCUGAUCCAUCAAAAAGACUUGAUAUUUAUACUCUUUGGAAUGAAAUUAGAAAUAUUAAUAUUUCAUACCAAAAUAAUCCAAGUAAAUUAGCAGCAAAUAAUAAUUUAAAAAUAAAUAAAUCAAAUACUAGCUUAAAAUCAAAAGAUACAAAUAGUGCAUUGUAUACGAGUAAACUUCAUCAAUUUGAAAACUUACCUGAACCAAGAAAUGCAACAGAAGAAGAACUAGAAGCACUUCACAGUAAAUCCCAUGAUCUUGAAAUCCCUGAUAAUAUCGAAGCUUUUAAUAAAUCAAGUAGUCGGACUUUUAAAAGUAUUAUAAUUUUAUUCGAAGCUCCAAAAUAUUUAACAUUAAAAAGCUUCAAAGCAUGGUAUGUAUGA